AUGCGGAUAGCCGAAGAUGACGGCGAGGUGGACGAAGACUUUCCACCGCCCGACAGGACUGGUAGGAUUGCAAAGUUUGGGUUUGAUUUCUAUGCCGUGCUGGAAGCGACUGCCACUCAAGUGCAACAAAAUAAGAUAUUGGAGGCAAAAAUUCAGCGCGAUCCCUCUCGUGUCACCACUAAGGUCAAGAAAUUGGAUGCGCCCACACCCGGAGGACUUGCGGCUACUGCUCCUGGGCCGGGUACGAGUGCCAUUUUCGGGUCAAACCUUGGUACUUCAAUAUUCUCCACGUCAUUUGGGCCGUCGCCCAUCUAUGGACCACAGAUGUUCCUUCGUAUUCGUGUGUUGGAUACAGCGGACGCGGUGCAUAUAUCAACCACCAUACCGGUAUCCUCUACUAUGUAUAUGCAGGAAUCCCUCGAGCUUGUCUGCCGGAAGCGUAAACUGCAGAAUCCCAAGGAAUAUGCACUAUUGUUGGGUGACAUGAGUAUAUUGAUUCCAUUGGACCGUACAGUGGCCAGUCUCCAGGGGAAAUCAGAUCUGAUGUUGGUCAAGCGAUCCAUGCUGCCACAUCUGGGUGUUGACCUGGGAAAAACAACAGGCAAGACUACCGAUCCAAAUGCAUCUAUAUUCACUCGUAUGUCGGAGGUGCCAGAAUCACAACCUGCUGCUGACUACACUGCUGCAUACAAGAAAUAUGUUGUUUUCCGAAAGAUGCCCAUGCUUGUGGGCAGACAUGAAAGAGUUCUUGCUAUUGAUGGAGCUUAUAUUCAUAUCAUGCCCUCUUCAAACAAAGCAAAAGCUGUAUUUGACAGUGGUAAAACCUCAUCCUAUCAUAUUAAUAGCAUUGUUGCCUGUCAGCAAUCUGCUAAAUCAUCCUCAUCAUUUCGCUUUACUGUUCACCGUGAUGGGGGAAAUAAACGGUAUGAAUUUGAGGCUGAUAAUGCUAAGACUGCUAAUGAGAUUGUUCAAAUUAUUCGAGGCAUGAAGAUAGCGCUAGAUAGAUCUUCUACAAUUGUAAAGUCAAGGAGAAGUCGUCAGGUUUCUUGA